UUCCCGUUGUCAAAUUAGAGUCGGUGAGCUGGGAUAGGCUGGGAGUUUGGUUCAGAGAAGGUCGGACAUAGCCUACUGCGGGACAGGGCAAGAAGACUAGAGAUUGAAUGUGGGACAGGAAAUCUGACGUGAACCAUCUCCUAAAAAGUAUUCAAAUUGUUGCAUACAGCAAUCAAGGAUCAGACGAAUGACAAAGGUUGGCAACGUAAACUUUGGUAUUCGGGUCUGAUCGUUUCAAAACCGGCCUGUUGUUUUUAGUUUUUAGUGGAGUCCCUGAAAGAGAACAUCAUGGCAAGGCGGACCGUGCACGAAGUAACAGUUCAAGAUGUCCAGAAGAGGAGAAAUCCGAACAAACAUUAUGUUUACAUCAUCAAGGUGUCCUGGUCUGAUGGCAGCACUGAGGUCAUCUUCAGGCGCUACAGCAAGUUCUUCGAUCUGCAGAUGGAGCUUCUGGAUAAGUUCCCUGUGGAAGGAGGGCAGAAAGACCCCAAGCGCAGAAUCAUUCCUUUUCUACCAGGGAAGAUCCUUUUUAGGAGAAGCCAUAUCAGGGAUGUGGCCAUGAAGCGCCUGAGGCCUAUCAACGAGUACUGCAGGGCUCUGAUUCAGCUGCCUGUGUACAUCUCCCAGUGUGAGGAGGUCCGUGUGUUCUUCGAGACCCGACCUGAAGACCUCAACCCACCCAAGGAGGAACCCAUUGGAAAGAAGAAGUGCGGCAUUGUGGAGAGAGCGACUACUUUCCUAAAGAGAGGAGACUCCAGCGCAGCUGACCCUCUGCUCCUGGACCAGUAUGUGGCCGUCACUGACUAUGAGAAGCAGGAGAGCUCUGAGAUCAGCCUGCACGUGGGACAGACGGUGGAGGUCAUCGAGAAGAAUGAGUCUGGUUGGUGGUUUGUUAGUUCAGACGAGGCCCAGGGCUGGGUCCCUGCCACCUGCCUGGAGGCCCAGGAUGACCCUGAUGACUUCUCCCUGCCCGGCGAGGAAGUGUCCCGGAGAUACUGGUCACUGCUGAAACACGUGGGCCGCCGGCGAACAUUAGGGGAUCUGUUCAGCACAGGCACAGGCUUUGGGCAAGAGGAGAAGUACACAGUGAUCUACCCGUACGCAGCGCGAGACCAAGACGAGAUCGACCUGGAAAGUGGCAUGACGGUGGAGGUCAUCCAGAAGAACCUGGAGGGCUGGUGGAAGAUCAGGUACCAGGGACAGGAGGGCUGGGCCCCGGCGUCCUACCUGAAGAAGGCCGACAUCCUGAGCCAGAAGCUGGCGGCGGGCCACGCCAGCACCAACGAUCUGGACGGAUUCUCCAAGCAGCAGAACCAAGGAGCCAAGGAGAGCAGAGGAGACAACAAGGACCAGAAAGAAAAGGGAUUCUCCCCCUUCGCCAAGCAGCACAAACAAGGGGCGAGACAAAGACCACCACCACGCAGAGAUCUCACCAUCCCGAGGGGGCAGAACCUGCCCAAGCCGCCCACCCCUCCCCAGGUGGAGGAGGAAUUCUACACCAUUGCAGACUUCCAGACCACCAUCCCAGAUGGCAUCAGCUUCCAGGCUGGGGUCAAAGUGGAGGUGAUAGAGAAGAACUCCAGUGGCUGGUGGUACAUUCAGAUUGAAGACAAAGAGGGCUGGGCCCCCAUUACCUUCAUCGACAAAUACAAAAAGACCAGUUUGACCCCGCGCCCUAACUUCCUGGCACCUCUGCCCAACGAGAUGGCCCAGCUGAAGCUGGAGGAUGGUGGUGCAGGGCAAGAGGACAGCUGGUCCAAACCGCUGCCAGACGAGCCCACCGCGAGCAGCGAGUCUGGAGCCCGGCCUAAGCUCAGAGACUGGAAGUCCAGCGCCAGUAAGGUUGCAUCAGCCUUCUCCGGACCCCUGCCCCCCGCCCCGUCUGCCCCACCUGCUGAGGAGAAGCCAGCCUUGCCACCUCGCAGGGAGUCCAUCAACAAGAGCCUGGACAUUGAGAUUACUGUGGAGAAACCCAGGCCAGACCUAUCCAAACCCAUGCCUCCGAAACCCCCAGCCCCUGGUGUCAUCAUGCCCCUGCUCACCCCCAAAACUGCCCCCUUCAAGCCCGACAAGCCCCCCGAGCCCAAGAGAGAGGUCGCAAACAAGCCUCUGCAUCUGAAGAAUGAGAUGGGUCUGGAGUGUGGUCACAAGGUCUCCGCCAAAGAGGUGAAGAAGUUCAACCUGAAACAUGUGGCUAAGCAACCGCCCAAGCCCAAGCCUGAUCCACCGGAGGAGAAACCAGAGGUCGCCAGCCCUGCACUGUUCAUGAAGCCCAAACCUAUAGUCCGGCCCAAACCCGGCCCAGCUGCCAAGACAGAACCGCCAGCUGACAACAAGCUGGACAUCACCAACCUGAGGAGCAAGCUGAAGCCUUCAAAGCCAGUUGAACCAGGCUCUGGAUCAGCAGAGCCAAGCCAGCAAAACGGCACUGCAGCCAACAACGGCCCUAGCAACAUUCUCCCCAAGAUGCCGCCACCCAACCUCCCCCCUAAUAAUGCUUUACCCAAGAUGCCCCCUCCUAAUAAUGUUCUCCCCAAGAUGCCGCAUCCCAACAGCCCCCCGAUCAAUGCCCUCCCCAAGAUGCCCCUGGCCCCCAGUGCUCUCUACAAUGGCAAGGCCAGUGACGAGCCCAAAUUCCCCCCCAAGCAGCAAAAUGGCCACGGAUACGUGAGCCCCAACAAAUCUGCUGUUUCCCCACACAAAGAACCUCCAGGGAGACCCGCCGUCCUCCCUAGGAGACCCCCUCCACCCAAAAAGACCUCUGAGCCGUCCAGCCCCACAGAAACCAAAGCCCCCCUGAAAGAGCUCCCAGACACAAAGCCUGCUCCCACCCAGCUCAGCAGACCCCCUCCCCCUAAACCCAAGGCCUUCGUACUGCCCCCACCCAAAGACAAGGAGAAGGUGGUCCCAAAGCCCCUGCUUAAGAGUGAGAAACCAGGCCCUCCGAGGGACAAGCUGCCUCCUCUGAUCAAGGAGCCCAGUAAAGAGGAGCUGUUCUUGGCCGUGGCGGACUUUGAGGGCGACGAUCAGACUGCCAGCUUCAAGGAGGGCACCGUGUUCGAGGUGAUGGAGAGGAACAGCAGCGGCUGGUGGUUUUGUAAAAAUAUAGGAGAAGGGCCAAUGAAAGAGGGCUGGAUCCCCUCCAAUUACCUGACCAAGAAACCCUAGGUACCAGGUUCUGUUGGCUUUUUUAAUACAGAAAUAUAUCACUAAUUGUAUUUAAUUAGCUUUUUUUUAUUUAUAGGUACCUUUUUUUAAAUGUAGCUGUUUUUUGUUACUUUUUUACAUUCCAUUGUUUAGCAUUCAAGCGAGAAUUAACCAGCAAUGACGCGUUUAUUUUAUUUUUUAAAUGUUUUAUCCUCGUUACAAAUGACCAGGCAUCAAAUCCGGGACAAGCAAAUUUCCCUUUCAUGUUCACUUUGUGCCAUACAUUAUGUUACUCAAGCCUAUAAUGUCAUUUUAUGAUAUAUAUCACAAGCUUUGUAAUAGAACAAAAUAUGUCCUUCCAAGCCUUCUAUGAUAUUGUGCCUCAGUAUAAUAUUCAAAGUGCUUUAAGCUUAAAUAUAUGCAAUUUAGCUAGUUAGUGUCUCAGUUAGCAUAUCAAAGAUGCUUCAGUCUAAUGAGUACAUUUGACAUUUUAGUCAUUUAGCAGACGCUCUUAUCCAGAGCGACUUACAGUUAGUGAGUGCAUACAUUUUUAAUACUUUAGAGUCGAAACUGACAGUGCAAUGCAUAUGGAAAAUAAAUCAAACCAUACGAUAGAGGAACCAGGGUCCGUAUUCACAAAGUUUCUCGUAGGAGUGCUGAUCUAGGAUUAGUUUAGCCUUUUAGAUCAUAAUUAAUAAGAUUACAUGAACAGGGUGUACCUGAUCCUAGAUCAGAUCCUAGAUGGCCAUGUAUACUCAGAUACCUCAAAGAACAUCCCUCCUCCUACUAUGGCUGCAACGGAGGUUACAAGGGAAGUUCAAGAGGACAUUUAGUUUUUCAAGAACUAAAAUAGCAACACUUCAAAAGGAGUUUUUGCCAAGUGAUUCUAAGUGCUUAUAUGAAACAUUUAUACAGUUUUCAUGUGUUUGUGAACCGUGUUUCUUUUUCCUUUCGGAACUGCAUAAUAAUGUUGCGGUUAAUUUUUAACAGAUGUGCACUUUUCAGAUUAUUCAGACGGUUCAGGUUUCACACUGUGGCUUAACAGACAGAGAAAGUAGUGUACAAAUGAAAGCCAUAGCCAUGUUUUAAAACCUUAAAUUAGGUCUUAGCAAGACUUUGGGAAAUGUAUACCAGGGUUAAUCCAGUUCACCUCCUCUCAGGAUGGACUGAAUUGACUUCAUUGAAAUGAACCCCUUCCCUGGUGUUCACAGUACGAUGGUGAAAAACACACAAGUAAGAAUGACUGAUUCAAGUAGAGAUUACAUCAGGCUGCUUCUGGUAAAUACAAUAUUCCAUAAUUAUGCUGUAGGCCAAGGUCUACCAUUACUACAGCCUGUAAAUUAGGGAAUUCACCUGUGAUUUGUGCAAUGAUACAGUACAAUAUACAGCCUCACUUUAUCUCCAAAACAGUGCUCAAAUAUAAAACACUAUAUAAAGUGUGAUCAUUAUUCAAUGUUUUACAUUAGUGCUUGACUGGUUUCAAGCACAGACUCAGCAAAGUAGUUAUUGUACUUCCAGAAUGAAGUAAUGUCAGCUGUUGUCACCUUUUGUUUACUUUUCACCUCUUGCCAGGUCUGGUCAUUGGGAAAUAGGGUCCAGUCAGUCGUACGGUAGCGGAAUGAAGGUUUUUUGGAUGUUGUAGUUGGUCAUAUGAAAAGGCUGAUGUGAGGAAACUCAGAGGGGGUUCGUCUCCUAGGAGAUGCACAGACAAGGCUAGGAGUGGCAGUAGCUCACAGGUUCAUUGGAGAGUCUUUGAAUAUGGUUGAUCUGCUCCUAGUUGCUAUGAGGGUUUUUUUUCCUCCCCAUUUUCCCCUCUGAAUCAUCUUAUGUUAGAGGACUAGGUCCAAUGUCAUUCAAUGGCUGAUAAAUUAAGUGCAAUCAAGUGUAUUAUUUUAAGGUCUUAGUGCCUGUGUCUGGUCGUAACCAACAUUGCUAACAGUGAAGUUACUUGAGGUUUUCAGUCUUUUGGCCAGUGUGCAUAGUGCACUUGAAAAGUCAUGAUAUUCAUAAUGUCAGAUUUGUAAUGAUAAUGAUCAACACAUGGCGUAAGCCCAGACUUAGUGGAAUGUCUGAGUGAAAGGUGGAUUGGGUAAGGGUUGGAAUGAGAGUUGGAUAAACUCAUGUAUUCUACAGUUUGCAUAAAGAGAAAGGCAAGCAGGGAUGUGAACACUGCAAUGCAAGCAAACAGUAUGGGAUGUUAGUCUUUGUAAUUCUUUACCCUAAACAGGUCAAUUGAAUAAAUGUUAAAAGAAGAAACUGCUUUUUCUUUAUUCUUUGAGAUAUGCAGCAGGACAAUCCCCCCCCGCCCACCCCACCCCACCCCACUUCAAAUUGCAGAUAUCCCAUCUUAGUACUGUACUGUUUUUUUUUUCUUUUCUUAUUUGUGUGUAUUUCCUUUCAUGGUCUCUUCUUUCAUAUUAAUAAGUCAAUAAACAUUUUCCAUUUUU